AUGGACGAUUCGGAGACGUCCUACACGAUAGAGACCGAGGAGCAAUUAUGGGACGAACUCGAGCGAGUCGUCGCAACCCAAUGCCCUGCCCAAGCCCACGAGACUAUCGACGACGCCCUGCGAACGUGGCUACACUUGGCGUCCAAGUGUCGAGAAGAGUUUUUCCAGUCGGAAGAUGACGUCGCCAGCUGCGUCCAGAGAUUGCUGGAUGGCAGGCUGUUCAAUGCGAAUCAGCACUACGUGCGUAUGCAGAUACUAUACAGCAUGUUACAGGAGGACGAAGCAGGGCCGCUCUACGUUAUCGCCAGCUUCCUACUACUUGACGGUCGAACCGAAGACGCCACAUUUCGCCACAUGAUAGACGAGGGCUGUUUUCACCGUCUGCUCGAGUUGAUCAAUGGGCGCAAGGAGCAUGACCCCGGUUUACAUCGCCUGCUGCUGGAGUUGAUGUACGAGAUGUCACGUGUCGAACAUUUGCGCGUCGAAGAUCUGAUACAUGUCGAUGAUGGUUUCGUGAAUUAUCUCUUCGAAUUGAUCGAAGGCCUGUCAGACGACGCUCGUGAUCCAUACCAUUAUUCCAUCAUUCGAGUCCUUCUGGUAUUGAACGAACAAUACAUGGUGACCUCAACCGCCGCAAUCACAGACCCAACCUCGCCCGGGGUGCCCCUCACAAAUCGAGUAGUCAAGUGCUUGUCACUGUAUGGUCCUCAGUACCGCACGUUUGGCGAGAAUAUCAUUCUGCUUCUCAACCGCGAGACCGAGACCUCGCUACAACUCUUAAUAUUGAAACUCCUAUACCUACUCUUCACCACAAAGGCAACAUAUGAGUACUUUUACACCAAUGACUUGCGCGUCCUCCUCGACGUCAUCAUCCGCAACCUGCUCGACCUCCCCAACGAGCUAAUGGCCCUCCGGCAUACGUACCUGCGGGUUCUCUACCCGCUUCUGGCGCACACCCAGCUCAGCCAGCCACCGCACUACAAGCGGGAAGAGAUACUUAGGGUGUUAAAUCUUCUGUCCGGCUCAGGAAACAUGCAUUUUGAGGCGGCGGACGAGACAACAGUCAGACUGGUGGAUCGCGUUUCCAAGGUCAGGUGGCUAGCCGAUGACGGAGCCAGCGAGGUUGCCAGGAGGUUCCUGGGAAUCAGCCUUGAGGCCAGCGACUCUGCCAGCAAAGUUAGUGUCGUUGACGUAGCAGUAGUGACCGAGAAGCCCGGUAUCCAGACGCCGAGCCGAAAGGUUGGUUUUGAUGUCGAAGUCAAACAUCCAGCAUCUUCUCCAGAAAGUCACACGAUCGGCAACCAGAAGGAGGCGCCGAGGCGACCCAAGAAGGCACUACCUGAGGUACCAAGGCAUACACAUGGUAUUGCCAUUUCCUGUCCACCCGCGGCUCACAUAAAUGGAAAUGGGAACGGAGUGGUCAAGAAAAUGCCACCAAAGGCCCCUCCCCCGAGGCGAAUGAAUAGGCUCAAGGCCGCGUCUUCAGUGCCGGAGGCUCCUCCCCCUGUCUCUUAG